AUGGCCGAGCCUCUCCCCGCUGCGCUCAAGAUCCCCGAGGUCUCGCGCUUCAUCAACCGCGCGAACCAGCUGAGGUCCAUCAAGCCAGCCAUUGCCUACUGGUGCGAGUAUCAUGCCGUCAACCAGAUCGUAGGCAAGAGCCUCCACACCGCCGACGACGACACCUUCAACUACACAAAGACGCUGCUCGAGCGCCUCGAGGAGACCAAGAAUGCCCACGCCGACGAUGAUGCCAUUGUGGAUAAUGACGCAGGCCAGGCCUAUGUUGAGCAGUUUGCGCAGCAGACGUUUGAUCGCGCCGAGCGCACUCUGCGCGCAAACAAGGUGACAAGACAAACGGCCGACACAUUCGACGCCGCCGCGACCUUCUUCGACCUCACGCGCGAGUGGGGCACGCCCGAUCCCGAGACGCUGCAGAAGAUCAAGUUCGCCAAAUGGAACGCCGCGCGCAUCCUCAAGGCCAUCCGCGAGGGCAAGGACCCCAACGAGUCGAACCCCAAGCCCGUCGAGCCGGAGCCCGAGACGCCGCUCGACCCCAACGACCCCGACGUCCAACAACUCUCCGGCUCUGCGGCCCGCCCCGUGUCGGUGGAGGAUGCUCCGGACGCCGGCGAGCCUUCGGGGUUACCUAGCUUUGUCGACCAGCCGCCACAGCCACCUGUCGCUGAUCCAGGCUACUUCCCUGCCGCGAGAGCACCGUCUCCUGAGCCAUUCAUCCCCUCGCCCAUGAGCCAGAGUCCUACUCUCGCUGGUCCUGCAGCGCCACCUCCCGUCCAACCAGGAAGUCAGGCCUCUACCCCUGCGUAUGGCGGCCCUCCUCAGGAGCCCUUCCACCCAGGAGGCUUCUCUAUGCCUCAAAUCCCGCCUCAGCAGUCGCCCCAACCGAUGAUACCUUCUCCUCAAUUCGCACCACCUCCUCUGGCUCCGUAUGCUGGAUCCGACCCAUCUGGACCUCCAUCCUGGACUACAACGCCAAGCAUCCCCCAUCCCGCCAUGACGAAUCCUCCUCCCGCGAUACCCCAACCGCCUGCACCAAACUACGCUGCGACCCCUACCUUUACUCCCACCCCGGCUCCUGCACCGAUGCCAAUGCCUAUAAGUGGUUACACGCCAGACCAAAAGCAGAUCAACCAGGCGCAGAAACAUGCCAAGUGGGCCAUUUCGGCGUUGAACUUUGAAGAUGUUCCGACUGCAGUCAACGAGCUGCGAAAUGCCCUGGCACUUCUAGGUGCACAGUGA